AAGAAAAAGAAAAGGAAAAAGAAAAAAUCAAAGCAGAAAGGAAUAAGGAAAUCCUCUUUCAAGAGGAGGAAAGAAGGGGUGAGAAAGAAACAUCGAAGAAAAAACCCCUUCUUUCUUCACCCAUAUAAAUAAACCCCCCUCACACCCAACCCCUUCCAUUCCACCAUUUGCCAUGGCAACCGAGAUCUUGCACCCUCAAGACUGGCUCAUCCAACGGUUCGGAUUCGUCCCUACCGUCUCCCCCCACCACAAACCCUCCUCUUAUGACCACCACCCAGAGCCGUCCCGGAAACAAGCCCCAAAACGCGCCUUCCAUUUCGAGCAAUUUACGAAAAAGACAUCGGCUCCCAAGACGAUUGUGAAACGCGGAGAGUCGUUAGAUCCCCCAAAGAGGCGUGAAUUCCAGGGCCGAGAUCGGAGGAAGGCGACGGUCUCUUUCGACGAUCGGGAUCUGAUCGUCUCCGACAUCAACGUCUAUGCCGGAUCGGCCUUCUCGCAGUCGCCUCCGCCGAGCUCGCUGCCGCUACCUUCCUUCUCGAAGAAGAAAGAGAGUUUACCCGGUUUCGAUGACUCGGCGACGAGAGAUCUGAGGCGUCUGCUUCGAAUCGACUGAGCCGAUCUUGACCAUACGAUCGUGGCUCCCCCCCAAUUUCCUUCUCAGAUCGGAUCUUCUUCCUAUGGCUUUUUUUAAAAAUGGGGAGGAGAUCUGUAAUUUAGGGAAUUGGCGAGGGGCAAAUAUGUCUACUGAAAAGAAUGGAUGUGGGUUAGGGUUUGUUAAUGUAAAAUGAAUGUUUGAUGAUGAUGAUGAUGGAAUGGAAUGCAAUUCCACAAAAAAGCGUAUUUCUUGGAAUUUCAAGGGUUUCUGAUGUUUUUUAGGGUCUGGGGAUUUCGAUAAUCUUUCCCUGAAUUAGCUUUUUUUUUAAUUUUGUGAAUUGUAAGAAGGGUAGAAGCGAUAUAAAUGAAAUUAGUGUAUUUUCCUUUUUA